AUGAAGAGCUCCUCGGUCAUUCAGCUGCUUCUAGCAGCCGCGGCAGCUCCUGUGAGGGCUGCUGCUUCCUGGAAGAACGUCAACAUCGGUGGUGGCGGUGGUUUUGUUCCUGGCUUUGUCUUUCACCCAACGGAAAAGGGCGUUGCCUAUGCUCGUACCGACAUUGGUGGUCUUUAUAGACUGAAUGCCGAUGACUCUUGGACUGCCGUUACUGACUCCAUCACCACGGACGCCAAGUGGGGCAACUGGGGUAUUGAUGCCGUUGCUCUCGAUCCUCAAGAUCCCAACAAGGUCUAUGCCGCCACUGGCAUGUACACCAACUCAUGGGACCCCAACAAUGGAGCCAUCAUUCGCAGCUCUGACAAGGGCAACACAUGGUCCAUCACUGAACUUCCCUUCAAGGUUGGAGGCAACAUGCCCGGUCGUGGCAUGGGCGAGAGACUUGCUGUCGAUCCCAAGAACUCCAAGAUCAUCUACUUUGGUGCUCGCAGCGGCAACGGUCUUUACAAGAGCACAGACGGCGGUGUCACCUUCUCCAAGGUGUCUUCGUUCACGGCCGUCGGCGACUACAUCGUAGACCCAUCUGAUAGCAACGGCUACAACAACGAUAAGCAGGGUCUUGCCUUUGUUACCUUCGACUCGACUUCUACUACCAUCAACGGCGCCACUUCUCGCAUCUUUGUUGGUUCCGCCACUAACAGCACCUCUUCCGUCUGGGUUUCCAACGAUGCCGGUGCCACUUGGUCCGCUGUCGCUGGCCAGCCUGGCACAUACUUUCCUCACAAGUGCAAGCUCCAGCCCACCGAAAAGGCCCUCUACCUUACCUACAGCGACGGAACCGGUCCCUACGAUGGCACUGCCGGCGGCGUCUACCGCUACGACAUCGCCAAUGGUACCUGGAAGAACAUCACUCCCGUUUCUGGCAGCGACCUCUACUUUGGCUUUGGUGGCUUGGGUGUCGACAUGCAGAAGCCCGGUACCAUUAUGGUGGCCAGCUUGAACUCGUGGUGGCCCGAUGCCCAGAUCUUCCGCUCUACCAACUCCGGUAACACCUGGUCCCCCAUCUGGGAUUGGGCCGCCUAUCCCGAACAGAACUGGUACUACGGAUUAACCGCCAACAACGCCCCUUGGAUUGAGGCCGGCUUCAUCUCUCAAGACAGCAAGCGCCUCGGCUGGAUGAUUGAAUCCCUCGAGAUCAACCCCCUCGAUAGCGACCACUGGCUCUACGCCACCGGUCUCACCGUCUACGGUGGCCACGAUCUCACCAAGUGGGACACCGUCCACAACGUGUCCAUCUCGUCUUUUGCCGUUGGCAUCGAAGAGUUCGCCGUCCUCGGUCUCGCCUCCGCCCCCGGUGGCACCGAGCUCCUCGCCGCUGUCGGUGACGACUGCGGCUUCACCUUCAAGACCAGCGCCGACCUCGGCACCUCUCCCAAGACUCCCUGGAUGACACCCUUAUGGGCCAGCUCGACGGAUGUCGACUACGCAGGCAACAAGCCUGCCAACGUAGUCCGCAUCGGCAACGGCUCCGGCUCCCAACAAGUCGCCGUGUCCUCGGACGGCGGCGCCUCAUGGAACGCCCACUCCGGCACCGACACCACCAAGAGCAGCGGCACGGUCGCCUACUCCGCCGACGCCGACACCAUCGUCUGGUCCUCAGGCAACGCCAGCGUCCUCCGCUCGCAGAACCAAGGCACCUUCACCGCCGUGGCCUCCCUUCCCUCAGGCGCCGUCAUCGCCUCCAACAAGCGCAACAACACUGUCUUCUACGCCGGCUCCACCACGGGCACCUUCUACCGCAGCGUCGACACGGGCGCGACCUUUACCGCCGUCUCGGGCGCCUUGGGGUCCGCCAAGUCCGUCCGCGAUAUCGUCGCCCACCCCACCAUCGCCGGUGAGCUGUACAUCAGCACAGACGUGGGCAUCUUCCGCUCUACCAACUUCGGCGUCUCCUUCACCCAGUUCAGCAGCGUCACCAACACGCAGUCCAUCUCCCUCGGCGUCGGCUCCGCCUCUGGCUCGUGGAACUUAUACGCCUUUGGCACCGGCGCCAACGGAAACAAGCUAUACGCUAGCACCGACGCUGGUGCUACCUGGUCCGACGUCCAAGGCUCUCAAGGCUUUGGGUCCAUCUCCGCUAACAAGGUCGUCGGCUCCGGAAAUGUUGCCGGGCAGGUGUAUGUCGGUACCAACGGCCGCGGUGUGCUUUAUGCGCAGGUUUCUGUUAGCGGUACCGCUCCUGUUACCACCUCGUCCGCGGUGAAGACUACUUCGACUUCGACUGUGGCCCAUGUGACCACUACCACCACCAGCAAGGCUACGACCACGCUGGUAACGUCGACUGUCAAGACUAUUUUGUCUUCGUCGGUUAAGACUACCUCGACCUCAACUACCACAAAGGUGUCGUCGUCGACCACCAGCAGCAAAACCUCGUCGGCGACGGCGCCUACCGGCACUAACCUCGCGCAGCGCUGGGCUCAGUGCGGCGGAAUCGGAUACACGGGCCCGACGGUUUGCGUGUCGCCUUGGACUUGCCAGAAGCAGAAUGAUUACUAUUCGCAGUGCUUGUGA